CGAGAUUUAUGCCGUAUAACCUGGCGACCACGUUUUAUAGGAUACCCCCGACUUCUACGGUCCUACCAUGCCACCUCUCGUCCACCUUCGAAUAAGCCUGGGCACUGCCUUGGUGACCAGUUGCCUCCCCUCCCCCCGCCGGGUUCGCAAAGUGUUCCAUGAGAAUGAUGUUAACACAAAUCGACCCCGCUCUCUGGCAACCGGCGAGUGUGUCACCUUGAGCGUGGCUUCCGAAAACCAUUUGUUUUGUGACCAAAUCAUGGCCGAGAUCAUCGGACCCCGUUUCAGGAGGUAUCGCAAUAGCGCAGGCCACUGGUAAAGUGGGCAGUCUGGUCCUCUCACUGUCUCGACUCUGGAGAGAGGUCAAGAUGUACCAGAAACAAUCAAAGCUUUGGUCGAGCAGCUCAGGUAUUUCGCCCUAUCGAUCGAUGCAAUCAAAGCGGAGCUACAGGCAUUGAUCGGAGGAGGAUGUCCUCCAACGCCCAUGUGCGCUCGAGCAAUUCCGCAUUGUCGACAUGUGCACGAGGAACUGGACAAUUGAUUCAAGAUUCUAUGGGUGAUAUCGUUUCGACCAGGAGGCGGAAGAGAUAUGUCGCCAAAACGGAAGCGGUGUUGUUCUAGAAGGCCGAGCUCGGGAUGUACGAAAAGCGACUUUAUCGAGCAUUGAAAAUACUCGAAAUGGCUCUUCAGCUGUUGAAAAUGAAGCGAAAAUAUGCCAUGAUCUUCAACCCAAAUCUGGUCCAACCUCUCCUCGUUGCGGGUCUUGACCUGUUCACUAUCAGCUUUGAAGGCCAGUCGCCCCUUUGCUGGUUGGAUGUGGUACCGUACACCUACCUGAAUCCAGAGGAUCAGCUUUUAUUUCAUACGGCCCUGCUCUCCUACGGCGCACAUGACAACUUCAGCGGGGACGUUCACCUCGUCGGCAAUGCUGCACAGUGACAGCGCUGCUGUAGAGCCUCUAUUCUCCGAAAUCUUCUGCCACUAUUACAAGUCGCCAUGGCAGCGGCGCCUGAAACUCUUCUAUCGAUUCUCGGGCUUGGCUAUAGACCAUAAAGUUGGGCAAAGGUUUCUCUGCCAACAAGAAAGCUCAGUCACCGACGACAUCCGAGCUGAGGGCUUCCAAAGAGAUGGGGUCGGUUUUGAAUUACAUAAUGUGGGUGUAUUUCCAAAGCGCUAUGGGGCUAGAUCACACUUGCAGGCGACCAGGCCACGCUCCUAAACCACUGGACACGUUUACUGAUACCGUCAAAAAAUAUGAAAAAUGGUCCGAUGUGUAUUUCGUCAGGUUGCCGGUAUCAUCACGCUCGCGGAUCUUGAUGCCCGCCAUCCUGCC